AUGUCCCUGGACGCCGAAAAGCAAUUCCUCUGUCCCCGACUCAUAGACUAUCUCACUAUAGUCGGGGCACGAUAUAGCAAUAACUCGUCAAAACAGAAUACUAGUCCACAUAUUCAGAUUCCAGAACUUCUAAGGCGCUACCCACUCCAAGACCACAAGGAUUUCCCCAUGCCCUUAGACAUGGUGUAUUUCUGUCAGCCAGAGGGCUGUUCUUCGGUGGGACCCAGAAGGACAGCCCUCAGAGAAGCUUCUUCAUUCGUAUUUACCCUCACCGACAAGGAUUGUGGAAAGACCAGAUACGGAAUUUGCGUAAAUUUUUACAGGCCCACCGAAAGGACGCCUACUAACUUGACCGUGGGGAAGGGGAGGGCUAAUACGAAUUUGAGAAGAGAUUCCUGGAGGAAGAGUAUGGAGAAGAGCUCGGACUCUGCUUUUUCAAGUGACUACAGAAGCAGUAAUAUCGGUCCCAGCGACUCAGAGAAAGAUUGUCCGAGCAGGAGAGAUUCUGAGUCGACUACAGCAAAUCUACCUCGUCUAGGUGUGAUCCCAGCUAACGACUCGGAAAGCGGGGGCAGUCAUUCACCAUCUCCGAGAGCAAGUCGCCGCCGCCAGAGAUUAAGAAACCUUUCACUCACUUCACUUUGCAUUCUUUCGCAUCAUCCGUUUUUCUCGAUGUUUAGAGAAUGUUUGUUUAUUCUCAAAAAGUUGAUCGAUGCUUGCAACGAGUCAUCAAAUCCAAGAAGAGUUGGUGGUUCGAAACAAUUGUUCAGAGAUAACGUUUGGAGUGUGCUAACAGGUCACGCUACAGACACGACUUCAUCCAUAGUCAUUCAUGAUGUUAAAGAAAUUGAAACGUGGAUACUCAAGUUACUUUCUUCUCCUGUGCCAAUACCCGGAAAAACAAAAGUCGAAAUUGAAGUAUUAUCACCAAGUGUAUACGAUCCCCUUGUUUUUGCCUUACCAAGUCAUACUCGAUUUAGUUUAGUCGAUUUUCCAUUGCAUCUGCCUUUAGAAUUAUUAGGAGUGGAGACCUGCUUGAAAGUCCUGACUAUAAUUCUCUUAGAAAACAAAAUUGUUUUCCAAUCCAGAGACUACAAUGCUCUGUCUAUGUCUGUGAUGGCUUUUGUAACAAUGUUAUAUCCCCUUGAAUAUAUGUUUCCCGUAAUUCCUUUAUUGCCGACGUGCAUGAACUGCGCCGAACAGCUUUUACUUGCACCUACACCGUACGUUAUUGGUCUUCCUGCUAGUUUUUUAAUGUACAAAAAGAAUUUUAAAUUACCUGAUGAUGUUUGGCUGGUUGAUUUGGACUCAAAUAAAUUAAUAUCACCUUCCGAAAUACCUCCUUUACCGGAACCGGAAGGAACCAUUUUGAAAAACCACUUGAAGCAGGCCAUUACGAAUUUAGCAUCUCCAUCUACAGCUACGCAACAACUACAACCUUCCAGGAGGGAAAGUUUAGCUUCACCUAAUAGUUUAAGCAUACCAAAAGGAAAAUCUGAAGAAUCAACACCAGCUUUAUCACCCGUGACUCCCAAUGUUCAACCGAGGUUAUCGCUAACACCGCAAGUACCUUAUAUACCACCAAUGCGCCCACCUUCGCCUUCCAGUGGAUUUAAUCCUUUUAUUUAUGGAAACGAUAUCGAUUCUGUUGAUGUAGCUACUCGGGUCGCUAUGGUACGAUUCUUCAACUCCCAAAACCUUUUAGCCAAUUUUUCCGAACACAGCCGAACCUUACGGCUCUAUCCGAGACCCGUAGUAGCUUUUCAAAUAAAUAGCUUCUUGAGAUCUCGUCCAAGAGCGUCUCAUUUUUUGAAUCGAUUCGCUAGAACUCAAGCGGUUGAAUUCUUAGCCGAAUGGUCGUUAACACCAACAAAUGUUGCCUUCCAGAGGGUCCAGACCGGCGUUCUGGAUCCUGCCUUAAUAGGAGACAAGCCGAAGUGGUACUGGCAUACUUUGGAGCCCAUUAAGUUCGUUGUAUGGGAUGAUGGCAGUUCUCUUAAUGGUGCUUUAAGAAGUAUGCAAACCGUCGAACACCAACCAACAGACGAAAGCGGUUCGGAUUCCGAUGAAGGAGAAAGUACUAGCUCUAGCUACUCGUCUUUGAGUGACUUCGUCUCCGAAAUGGUUUCUUCCGAUCUAUCUCCGGGCUACAACUCCCUUCACGAGCAAAGAAAAGCCAACGCACAACACAUGAGUUUUUCGUCUAGCGUAGAUGUAGAAACCGUAUAUAAUCCUCCUUCGGAGCUGCGAUAUCCCGACGGGAAUACACCCAUCGUUCGAUCUGAUUCCCCUCAGUCAACGUCGAGCAGCGAGUCUGAUCUGAGUUCUCCAGAUUUCAACAGAGAUUCUGAACUCGAGUUUGGGAAUAAGACAAAGAGCGAACAGGCCGUUUUCAAGACUGAUAGAGAUGAGACUGGUAGCUAUGAGAACGAAUCGGAUUCGAAUAGUACUACAACACCGAAGACAGUUGUUAGUACAAAUAACGUUAAACCGGGAUCUCCUACUAGUGAAACGGAUAAAUCGAGUAAUUCUAGGAAGGGUAGACGAUCAAUAACGCCAGUUCCUCCAAUAGCUCCUAUGUUACAAAAACAACCAAGCGUUGGCAAUGUUCUUGCUAGGACAUCGAGUUUUAGUUCUUCAGGAAACUCCAGUCCUGUUCCACCUCUUUCAGCUGGUAGUGGGUUCACGAGGCAAAGUUCUCAGGGAUCUUUAUUCGAACAGUUUACUUCUCAAGCUAAAGAACUUGUAAGAGAAACUACUAGACAGAGCAGCCAAGAUGGCCUUCUAGCUCAAAUGGAUAAGUUUAAAAUACAAGCCAAAGAAAAAAUAACAGAAGCUGAAGAAAGCAGUUUAUUUGCCCCAUUCGAUAAGUUGACAUCGCAGGCAAAGAAAGCAGCUGGGGAGGCGACCAAAAGUGUACAAGUAGCAGGAAAGAGCGCUAUAGAAGCUAGUAAAACAGCUACAGCUAUGAGCAAAACUACUCUAGACGAUUUAACUUACGUGGGAAAAUCUACUUUAGGUGAUUUGACCAAAAGUGCCAAAGAAGUUGUAACCAAGAAGGGAUUGCUAAGGGCUGACUCAUUUAGCAAACAACAAGAAAUGUCUUCAAAUAGUACAGCAAUAGUGGCAUCGUCAAACGUCUUAACCGGUGCUAGUCGAGACUUUUUCUCGAAUAUCAGUUCCGACAUCAACGGUUUAGCCGACUCCACAACGAACAUGUUUUCAAAUCUAUUUGGAUCUAAAAAGGAACAUCCUAAAGCCGUUGAAGGAUCAGAUCAGCGAGGUAAAGCAAAAGAAUCAACGAAGAGUAUGUUCGGUCCAUUUAAUAGAGGCCCUAAGGGAUUAGCAGAAAAGAGUCCUUUGAUAAAACACAUGCCUAGAAGACAGGAUGAUAUACAGUGGAAACAAGCUGCUGACAAAAACGCUACUAACAGCGAAAAUCAGGCCUUUCUUAAAGAUGUUGUUACUAGUGUCCUUGAAGGAGAAGGUGUUGGUUGGCUCAAACUUAACAGGUUAAAAAAGCUAAUGGAAGAUGAAUCUUAUAGGAACUUUGUGUUAAGUAAAAUAAAUAAAACUCUAGACAAGAGAAUAGGACCUGAUGAUCACAUUGAUGAUGUAUGUAUACCAAAACCUGUCUGGAAAGGAAUGCUCAAAGUAUUACUAGCCAUUGUCCAUGGAAUGGAAGUGACUUUUAGUAAUUACGGAUUAGGAGGCAUGGCUUCAGCUUUUCAACUAUUCGAAAUUGCACACACUCACUAUUGGUCGAAGGAUAUAAACGAACACGCUGGUCCCGAUAUGACUCAAGCAUCCAGUCCAAGAUCACCAUCAAGUCCUAGAUACUCGUUACAAUCAUCAGACUGGGAUAGUUCUCGAAAAUCGUCUCAAGCAGAUCCACCAGAGGUCCGACUUAUCCAGGAAGCUGAGCCAGAAAAAGAACAGUCUACAACAGAUAUCUUCAAAGAUAUGAUAACCCAGAAGAAAAAUAUGCUGCUAAGUAAAUUAUCAUCAUUUGAUUCUGAUGGUGAAAGUACUGUGCAUGGCUCUGGGGGCACUCUCUCUCCAUCAGCGGGGUCCAUAACUAUGGGGCCUGCCUGUAGUCUCAAUAGGGGUGGUAAUCAGUCCUCUUUCCGGUCGACUGUAUCCGAUACAGAAGUUGAAACGCUGCAGUUUCCAAAAUUACCGAAACAGCGAACGUCCAGCGUUUGGUCGAGUAAAUCCUCACUUAGUACCGGCUUCAGGUACCACGGUGGAAAUAUAAUUAAUACAGUGACUUCACCAAGUCCUGACGGUAUAAGAAACUAUCUUUUUGAGGGUCUGAUUGGUAAAGAUAGAUCGCCACUGUUUGAUCAAAUGCAGUUUUGGGAAGAUGCCUUCUUGGACGCUGUUUCACAAGAACGUGACAUGAUUGGAAUGGACCAGGGCCCUCGAGAAAUGAUGGAAAGGUACAAAAGUUUGAGCGAUACAGAGAGGAAGCGCUUAGAACACGAAGAAGACAAAUUACUGGCCACACAAUUAUUUAAUUUGACGGCAAUUUUGGUUAUGCUCAAUUGUAACAAAGAGGAGCUCAAAAGGAAAAUCAGAAGGUUGUUGGGAAAGAGCCAUAUAGGAUUGGUCUACAGCCAAGAGGUUAAUCAGUUAUUGGAUCAAAUUCAACAUUUGAAUGGUAACGAUAUUGACCUAAAGCCUCUAGGGUCCAGACUUCUUCAUCGGCAAAGUUUUACUGUACAUCAAGGAGUCGACUGCGCAGGUGAUUUAAGGUUUAUGGAGGUCAGGGAUGAUGGAUUAGUUUUACGAUCGGUAACCGGGGUAAUUGUGGAGAGAUGGUGGUUCGAAAGGCUAGUGAACAUGACUUACAGUCCAAAAAAUAAGGUGCUGUGUCUCUGGAGAAGAAACGGUCAGCAAACGCAGCUACACAAGUACUAUACAAAGAAGUGUAAACAAUUAUACUACUGCAUCAAGGAGGCGAUGGAACGUGGAGGUGUGGCAGGAACGGCGCCUGAACUGGGUGGAGAGUUUCCAGUGCAGGAUAUGAGCACGGGGGAGGGUGGUUUAUUGCAGGUCUGCAUGGAGGGUGUAGGGUUACUUUUCGCGAACAGCAAGGACUUUGAGUUUUUCGUUAGGAUAGUACACAUCAGAAAGUGCUUUACUCAAAAGUCCAACAUUUUUGUAUUGGAGGAGUUCAAUCCAAAAACGCGACAAGUCAUUCAGAGGAAAUAUAAAUCGCCCAUGGCCGAUCAAAUUUGCUACUCAGUACUUUGCGUAUUUUCCUACGUAGCAGCUGGAUCCGACAAACCCAAGGCCAAAAAAUCUAUAGACGUCACCCACCUUCACCUUACUUCCACCGUAAAAACGGCCAGCCCAGCAGAAGAACAAGCACCUGCAGCUCUGACAGUCCCGCCUUCUUCCAGUCCCGAACCUGGAUCGGUCACACCCGUAGGUGGUCCUCCGAAGUACCCGCCACCAGCGUUACCUCCUGGCGUGGCGCCACCCGCGCCGCCUCCCGGAACUAGGACUUUACAAUCACAGUUAUCUCUGCCUUCUAGUAAACCUCCUCCUGUUCCUAGUAGAAAUAUUCCCUCUAGACAAAUGACUAUCGCAUCCCAGCCUCCCCAGCCACCCCCUAGACCGAAGUGACCCCGUAGACGGUACUCGUUGCCUUUCAUUUAUGGCAGUGAUUGUAAG